AUGUGGUCGAAACACCAUUCAAAACAGCAACACCCAUCCGCCCCCAUGGGCUUCCACGAAGACGAUGCUCAUUCUGCCUGCCUGAACUGCUCUUUCGACUUCAGACCACUCCACCGUAAACUGACCAGAGCAGAGGAUAUCGCUGGUCGCCUCAGAACUUCGGCUCUCAGUAAGACUAGCCUCACCGAACAGCAACACUUGGUGGAUGACGGAUACACCUCUUUAAGCGAACGUCCAAAAAACAGUGAUGAGACGUCGGAGUCGCCCCUGCCAUCAAAAAUGACGUCUUAA